AUGAAUUGGGGCUUAUUCACUGGAAAUCCAGCAGUUAUCCAAGUAUAUAUUAUACCUGAGUUCUAUUAUACGUGUCAGCCAGUUGAAUCACUUUUACAAUCAACACUUAAAUGUUUCUACGACGAUCAAGACUGUUUGGACAUUAUUAUCAACUUUUAUAAUGUAUCAUCCUUUAACAACUUUACUCGGCUCAAUUCUUCUUCACAUGCAAGUCGUUUUAUGAGAAAUAGUACAAUUGGUUCUCUACUUUCAGAAAUGUUUAUUGAAUCUUGGUCUGAAUCUAUAAACUAUUCAUCCUAUUUUGCCCAAUGUCAACCAUCGUCAUGUUCUUAUACGAUUUCACAACGCAAUAGUUUACUCGAAACAUUAACAACAAUUGUCGGUCUGAUUGGUGGACUGUCUGUCUCUCUGCGCAUUCUUGUUCCAUUUCUAGUCAUGGCAUGUAUUAGAGUUAUUCAGCGCUUGUGUUCACAACAUCAACGAACACUAACAGAAGCGACUUCUCCUUUGUCACAUGUUGUGAGAGUCGGUACUAAGAUUCGAGAUUGGUUUAAGAAAGUGAAUGUAUUCGAAGAUACAAAUCGUACAAUCACUAUUCAACAACAAUGUGUGGCAACACGUGUCUAUUUACUUCUUCUCGUCAUAUCAUUAUUCAUUGUCGUUCUCUACACUUCGCUGAUCUAUUAUUUGAAUACAUUCACAAUAACAAAACCAUCUCUUGAACAAUAUCAACAGUUACAACAACGCUACGGAUCAGAGGCCGUUAGUUGUCCAUGUUCUCGACUGUCUAUUACGUAUUCAUCAUUUAUUACAUUGCAAUGCGAAUUUCAUCCAGUGUGUACCAGUCCUUUCACCUCUGACUUAUAUUUACAAGAAUUGUUUCAAUUAUACAAUGAUUCGGAUUCGACAUAUGCAACAACGAACGCAUUCACUCUUCAAGGCACUAUUUUUAGUUAUUUUCAAGCUCUUGCUGCCUUGUGCAAUUUGGUAAAUGAUUUUGUCAACGAUGCUGAACAACAAUAUCUUGUUUCCUCCAUCAUCUCCACCCUCAUGAUUGACUUCGAUCUAUUCGAGAAAGAGACAAAUGCGUCAUUCAUUGAAUUUCAAUCAACACUACCAAAUUCAUUUAUAAAUUCGCUUCAAAUAAUACGUGGUCUAACGCAAGGUAAUGGAUUCGUCUCCGCGUAUUCAACAAACUGGUAUUAUGUUACCAAGAAUAUUAAUGAAGGGGCUAUGCUGUAUCUCAAACCACAGUAUUAUGGCGGUGACAUGUGUAAUUGUGCUACAUCGCCAACAUGCACUCAAUCGUCGACACCUUACAUCAAAGGGUAUCUUGUUGGUUGUACUCCACUUGAAUCACUCCUUCAAAGUACACUUGAAUGUCUUUACGAACAGUCUUGCAUUGAUCUACUCACUACCUAUUUGAAUAUGUCUUUAUCGAACCAUCUUGUACCGUUGAACAAAAGCGAAACUCGUUUUUCUUCAAAUGGUACCGUUAACUCUAUUGUUCAAGAAAUGUUUGUCGAAAUGUGUUCAUCAAAUGUCUCAUAUAAUCAAUUUUUCGAAGAAUGUAAACCCGAUUAUUGUUCAGUGACAAUACUCGAACCAGGCAGUUUUAUCAUUGUUAUCACCACGAUUUUGGGUCUUUAUGGUGGAUUGACAACUUUUCUCAAACUUGUCGUGCCAUUUCUUGUCUUUUCAACUUACAAAUUAAUCAGAAAAUAUAAGCAAAGAGCACAAGUCGGAGUCCAACAGAUUCCAGUGACUUCUUUGGAUAAUAACACGAUAUUGGUUGGCAACACCGAUCAUACUGUACAUCUUUUCAUUAAAUCCAACCAACAUUUACAUCUCAAUCCAAACUUUCUGGACUCAACUAAUGUUUCCAGUGAUGCUAUUGCCGUAGGAUUAGUGUCCACGGCUCCACCUAUUUCAACAAGUUUCCUUCCAUCAAGACAACGCUAUCUCAAAAUCAUUGUUAGAUUUAUACUGUUUACAAUUGUAGUAGUCGCCAUCAUUAUUCCAUCUGUUUAUCUUACUCGACACAAACAGGAAGAGGAUCAAUCUGCACUAACAGUUGUAUCCUGUACAAAUUUGACCUUCGCAGCAACAGCUUCGUAUCCAGUUGGAGCCAAACCUCAGGCGACUGCUAUUGGUGAUUUCAAUGGUGAUGGAAUACUAGAUCUUGUCAUUGUCAACAAUGAUGAUAACACUGUGAGCGUGCUCCUUGGAGUCGGGAGUGGGCUGUUCGGAUCACAAACAACAUUUCCAACUGGUCUCAAACCAGUAUCGGCCGCUGUCGGUGAUUUUAAUGGUGAUGGACGGCUAGAUCUUGCCGUUGUCAACUAUGGUGAUAACACCAUGAGUGUGUUACUUGGAACUGGUAGUGGAAGUUUUGGACCACAGAUAAUUUAUUCAACUGGUUUUUACCCGUGCUGGAUCGUUGUCAGAGACUUGAAUGGUGAUGGCCGAUUAGAUCUUGUUGUUGCUAACAGCUAUUCAAGCAAUGUGGGUGUAUUUAUUGGGAUUGGUAAUGGGUUUUUUGGACCACAAACAACAUACUCUACCAUCGCCAUGCCGAUCUCCAUUGCUAUCAACGAUUUCAAUGGUGAUGCUUAUCUAGAUCUCGUCGUUAUCUCCUCGUAUUGGCCCACCAUUAGUGUGCUACUUGGGACCGGUACUGGGACUUUCCAAUUACAAACAACGUUUUCAACUAAUUCUGGAUCGUACGUGAUCGCUACCGGUGAUUUUAACAGCGAUAACCAAGUAGAUAUUGUCGUCGGUAACGGCUACCCCUGGCUGCCCAAUUUAGGUGUACUUCUUGGCAACGGUGAUGGGUCCUUUGGACUAUCAACUACGUUUUCUGUAGGCUUUGAUUCAGUGCUCGAUGGAGUCGCUAUUGGUGAUCUCAAUGGUGAUGGUCGAUUAGAUCUUGUCGUCUCCAGUUCUUACACCUCAGCAGACAAUAUUCGUGUGCUCCUUGGAACCGGUAAUGGGUCUUUUGUGUUACAAACCCCACUUGCAACUGAAUCUAAUUCUGCACCGUAUGGAAUCGCUAUCAGUGAUUUAAAUAACGAUGGUCGACUAGAUCUUGCUUUUUGCGAUUCGACCGCAGAGAACGUUUUGAGCAUUUUUCUCAAUACAUGUACAUGA